AUGUUCCUUAAUUAUAUUAACGUGGGCUUUUUAGCUUUAAAUAGUGUACUUUUACUUCUUAUCAUUCCAGAGAAUAAUUCAUUGAUUUCAUUGAAUGAUUUGAGUCAUAAAUUGAUUGGUAUUAAAGUACCAAAUAUAAUCACUUGCUCAUUUAUAGCUACUCUUGUUUUUAUAAUACCUUUAAUGAGUACAAUGUUUUCAUUGGGAUUCUUUAAAUAUAAUUUUAAUAGCAAUCAGAAGUGUAUGAUUAAAUCUUAUAGAUUAUUAACUUCUUUGUUAAUAAGUUCUUAUCUCUUAAGACAGUUUAGAAAUAUUUUUUUAUUUUAUAUCAAAUUAGGUAGUUCUCAAUCAUUUUAUUUCUUUAUUAGAGCUUCUAAAUGUAUUGAUACUUACCAUUCUUAUUAUUUGAUUUAUGAAACUAUUCAAGGUUAUGUUAUACAAGCUAGUAUGUUUAUGUUAUUUCAUUCAUUAUUAGAGCUAGUAAUAACUUAUAAACAAACAUCGAUUGAUUUUAGAGGUAUAACUAGAUUUAUUUACAGAUGUAGAUUUUAUUUAUUUAUAGUUUUUACUCUAACAAUUUUUUAUGUUAAUUUAGUUUAUUUUGGUGAACUUUUUAUGGAAAAGAUAGGAAUCGACCCUAUAAAAUCUUCUUAUUCAAUUGGUAUAAAAAUUUAUGAAAGUUUCUUUAUUAAUCUGUGUGUACUUUACGUUUAUUUUAUUGUAGCACUUGAGGGUGUUUUAUAA